AUGCGCCUCCGGAGCACGAGGGGCGUCAGAAAACGCUAUGUGGAAGAGCCAGUCAUCUUUGAUGAGGAGGACGAGGAGGAACCUAUUGUUGUCCCCGACGACCAGUCAAAGGAUGAUGAUGAAUUUGAAGCACCGUCGGAUGCGCCCCAUGCCGAAGAUGACGGAGACGGCAAGGAGGAUGAGGGCGAGCCGACAAGCGAUGAGGAAGCAGCACCGGACGGCGAAGGCCCUGACGUGGCAAAUGACAAUCCCGGCCAGCUCAAGAAACACCGCAAUGCCGGAACCGGCAUGAUCCAGAGCCGCAAAGGCAUCCAUGACAUCCCCCAUUACCCCCUGGAGACGCGCAUCGUCACCCGCGUCUAUGCCGGACCUCUGAGGCGGUAUGCUCGCUAUAGCGCGCUCCGCGACGCCAUGUACGGCCCCGAAUACGAGCGCAUCAAGAUCAUCUGGGACCUUGAGAGUCGCUGGGAAGACUUCCCUGUCCUGCCUCCGAGCCUGCCACCGGAAAGCGAGCAUGGUGUUGUGCCCAGCCCAUGGCUGCCCCCGGGCUUUGAGCGUAAUCAGAAGAAACAGACCGCUCUAUGGUAUAGCACAUGCCAGGCCAAUGCUCCGGAAUUCCAGCAGACCCAUCCGCUUCCGCCCGAGGAUGGCCUGCGGUUAGUCCCUGAGGCUGGGGGCGAUAUUGCUACGCUCGUCGGGCCCUGGGACAGGCAGAAGACGUUUAGACUCAGACAAGGGGACAGUUUAUUGCUGGCCCCGUCCGGUCUUCCCGUUGAGGAUCCGGACGCAGGUGACAAGACGCCAAGUGGCUGGAUGCUUGAUGUAGGAGGCGUCCCACUCGCCAUGGCCUGGGCGCCAUUGUCCAGGCAAGAUAUUCAAGUGCUCGCCGUGGCGUCGAGUCCGUUUUCGGACCAGGUUGUGCCGGGUCGUGAUCACCCAGGCACUGAUGCCGCGGACAAGUCCACAGGGUGCAUCCAGCUCUGGGAGUUCGUGCCUGAGAAGCGCCCCGGACGGUUGGAUUCUCCUUCCACGCGGCCUCCUCGGCUGCUCCUUUCUCAAUGCUUCAAUUGGGGUAGGCCGAAACGCCUUGAGUUCUGUCCGGUUCCCAUGGACUCGUCCGGCUUAUACGGGAUGAUGGCUGUCCUGUGUGGUGACGCGAGAGCCCGCGUCAUCACCGCGAAGAUGGUCGACGAUGCGGACGUUCCUUCUUACGAAUGGAUCGACUCGCCCAUUGUGACUCUUGGUCUGACAGACGACUACAAUGUUCAGGUCACCUGCCUGAGCUGGGUGAGUGCGAACAGAAUCGUCCUCGGUCACUCGGACGGCUCUAUCACGCUAUGGUCCAUUUACCCGCGCCAGCUAUUGCAGCGAGUCGGCGCGCACACCGCCUACGUUAUCGACAUCUGCUCCGCAUACCCUUCGUACCCUAACCUUAUUGCCUCUAUCCCGGUUGGCGGCUGCGCGACCCUUACGGACUUGUCCCAGCCGAGCUCUGAAAUGACCUACUUCCCGGUUCCCGCCAUCAACUUCCAGCCGAACCUGCUGUGCUGGAACGAGCCGAUGCAGGGCUUCAUGGCUCUGUACCCGUCGUCGACACCCAACACGACCGUCGCCUUCCUCCACUACCGGUAUUUUUGCCAGGCAAGGAGCAUGACUACCGGCCCCAACACCAUCACUUGCGUCUCAGCAGGCGCAACGCACCCCUUCAUUCUGGCCGGCUGCGCAGACGGAUCGGUAUUUGCAUGCAACGCACUGCAGAAACUCUUCAAACAGAAAGGCGAGCCGAUGCGUAAGCUCAAGGUCUUUGAGCACGAGUACAGGCCCGUCGAUGCAGAGAACCGGGACCAGGGCAACGAGGCAGGAUCCCGUCCCUUAAGAGGCGCAGCCAGGAUUCUGCAGGGUUUCCUUCCUGAAGAGAAUGACGAUCCCAGGACUGAGAAGCGGAAAGAGAUGGACAGAAAGAAGCGGGCAGCGAAGAAGAAGAAAGCGGUGAAGAAGAAGGGUAGCGGAUCGAAGAAAGCCGGCGAUGAGGAUGAGAUCGAGGACCGCGAGGCUGAGAUUGACGAGAAGCUUGCAUCUCGAGUGGUCAUCCACGAGCCGCUGACACGUUUGACGACGAUACAGUGGAACCCGAACAUGCAGUGCAGCUCCUGGGCGGCAUGUGCCAUGGCUUCGGGGCUGAUCAAAGUCGUGGAUCUUGGAGUCGAGUAG